AUGGCCAUGAAAAAGGUCAUACCAUCAAACAAUGCCAAACUACAGUCUACGAAAGAACCCCCGACAUCUAGGAAGUACACGCUAUUCAAUAUAUGGAUUGUCUCACUCGCUUUGAAACUCCUAUUAAUGGUUGGGUACCACUCUACAGAUUUCGAUGUUCAUCGAAACUGGCUAGCUAUAACUAGCAAAUUGCCUAUAUCUCAAUGGUAUACAGAGAACACUUCACAAUGGACUUUAGACUAUCCACCUUUUUUCGCAUUUUUUGAGUGGGUGUUAUCACAAUUUGUUCCGCCAGUAGUGGCUAGGGAUGGAUGUUUGGAUAUUGUGGAAAAGGGUCAAUACGGAUUGCCCACGGUUUAUUUUCAAAGAGUCACUGUCAUUUUAAGUGAGGUGGUGUUGUUUGUGGCAUUGCAAUGGAUCAUUGAUACUUCCUCCACCCAUGCUCUUCGAAGGAGAAUGUAUGUUGCAACUGCAAGUCUCGCAUUAUCCCCCGGUUUAAUGUUGAUUGAUCACAUACAUUUCCAAUAUAAUGGGAUGAUGUAUGGGGUGUUGUUGCUUUGCCUAAACAGUGCCCGUUUGGAAAGGUACUUAUUGUGUGGGUUCUGGUUUGCAGUUUUGCUUUGUUUCAAGCAUAUUUACUUGUACUUGGCACCAGCAGUAUUCGUUUUCUUAUUACGCGCAUAUUGCUUGAAGUUUAAAUGGAGCAAGAAACUUAAUUUUGUUGCCAAUGUGGUCUGCAUUGUUCAAUGGAAAAACGCCCUCAAGCUAGCUGGUGUUGUAACAUCUGUUUUCGCCGUGGCAUUCUUGCCCUUUUACAACACGUUGCCACAAUUAUUAAGUCGAUUGUUUCCAUUCAGUCGCGGUCUCACGCAUGCGUAUUGGGCACCCAACAUGUGGGCCCUUUACUCUUUUUUCGAUAGAGUUUUGAUCCAAAUCUACAAACGAAUCCCAGUGUCUCGCUUUUUAUUGAAACGGGUGUUUCAAUUUGAUGCCAGUUUAUUGAGUCAUGAUGAGUUGUUGAAAACUUCAACUAGAGGAAUAGUUGGAAACAUUGAAUUUUUCAUUCUUCCUCAAAUAACUCCAAAAUUGACGUUCUUAUUGACGUUGUUUUAUCAGGUAAUGGCCCUUAUUCCGCUAUUUCUUCAACCAACGUACCGCAGGUUUAUUGGAGCUAUGACAUUGUGCGGUUACGCAUCCUUUUUAUUUGGUUGGCAUGUCCAUGAAAAGGCUAUACUACUUGUCAUUUUCCCCUUGACGUUGAUUGUUUCCCGUGACAAAAGACUAUUACCUGCAUAUAAUCUACUCGUCGCUUGUGGAUAUGGAUCACUUUUCCCACUUAUAUUCACGUGUAAUGAAUGGUUAGUGAAAGUUUUGUACACCUUGCUUUGGUACAUUAUCUUUUACUUCAAUUUUAGAAAAGUUUCUCGGGUACCUAAAAAGACAAGUGGCUCUAUGAUAGACCGAGUGCUCAAUGGGUAUAUCUUAGUUUUCAUUUUCGUGGUUUCAUUCACCAGUAUCAUUGACUUGUUGCUGAAUAAGUUUUCAAUGUUAAAGAGAUUUGAGUUUUUAAACUUGAUGAUUUACAGCGUGUAUUGUGGCAUAGGUGUUAUAAGUAGCUGGAACACUUUUUCUUGGUUGUACUUUGUCGAUGAUGAAAUAUGGACUGAGGGUGAGUAG